AUGCAUAGCGACAGCGACUUGGAGGACCUGGACGCAGAAAGCCAGCAUCUUUGGAGAGCAGAAGAGGAGGCAGCUGAGGAAGAGAUCCGCAUGGCCGAGGAGGCGGCGGCUGAGGAGCUCUGGAUGGCAGAGGAAGCUGCUGCCCAAGCAGAAAUGGCAGAGCUGGAAGAGUUCGCACAGGAAGCUGAGGGCUGGUUGAAUGAGGAGCUCUGCAUAGAGCAGUCACAUUACAUCGGUGAGCUGAAUGAGGAAGAUGCUUUACACAUGGUUUCAGAUGCUGAAGAUUUCGAGCAAGCAAUGGAACAAGAAGCUGCCUUUGGUGAUGGUGAUUCCGAUGAUGAUCUGUCUCUGUUUGGUGAUAUACUUGGCCAAGACAUCAAGGAUUUCAACGACUGGGGCUGGGACCCCAAUGGUGUGGCACAGAUGGCGGCAAGCAAUUUGGUGCUCUCUUGCUGUCCGGCUUGGGAGGUGCCGCGGAUGCCGCUAGGCGAGGCUGAGCUCUGGCGCUUUGGCCCCAAUGGGCCACCCAUGAACAUCAUGGAUGUCUGCCCAGUGUCCCAAGUUCUCUGGAUUGCCAACCAACGCCAGCUCUUUGGCUUUUCUCUGGCUGGCCUCGAAGCUCAGGUCACCCAGGCUCACCUCGAAGUGGAAGUGGGUGUUACUGCUAGUGCACAGGCCAAUCGCAUCCGCUGCGGCCAAGUCGGUGGCCAGUCGGUGGUUGUUGCUGUCGACUCUUUGGGCGGCGUCUUGGUCGUGCCAUCCACCAGCAAUCCCACAAAGCAACCGGUCCUCAAACUCCGGAAUGAAAUCUCCACAUGGGGCAUCGGACUAUCUCCCCAUGGGGAAGCUGCCACGUCAGAUGGCCCUUUGCUUGUGUCGGCAAAUGACCACUGCGUCAAAGCCUGGUGGCUCACUCCCCCACAAAAUACAGACCCGUGCCCGUCACCAUCCUUCCCUUCACGAGCAAGAAAGAUGGAGAGGGGCUGGCAGACAAGACAAGUCAGGGAGGGUUCGGAAUCUAGCCUGAUGCCAUCGCUUCUGCAUGGUUUUGCCGACAACUUGCCGACUAUUGACAUUGCCCGGGGACGUGCAAUUGUGGGCUCCCUUGCCGGCGAGGUCAAGGUGCUGAACCUAGCUCCACCUCCGCUUCCCAAUGAGCCCCGUCAACCCGCGCCGGUCAUCAUCGAGAAGCCACCGGACCUCGAGGAGAAUGGCCUGCCUCGGCGCCCGCCGAGUUUUCCACCCGAGAACGAGCCUGCCUCCGUGGUGCGAAGCUUUGCUCCUGAACCUGAUGGGAAAGCAUGGAAUGCGUGCUGGAUACCCCUGAGAUGUAUCCAGACAGUGGAGGCGCCACCUUGCCCGCAGCCAGGCGCGUGUUCAAGAUUGCCCUGCUGCUUGCGUAGCGUUGCUGGCUUGCGUGGAGUUGCUAUAAGACUUGCAUGCAUGAGAUUGCGACGCCAGGACCUACUCCAACGUGUGCAGGUUCUGAGCUGUGUGCAUGCUCAAGAGGCGCGAGCGCUGCUGCUUUCAGGCACUCGCACGGAACACAUGGCCAUGAUCUUCUCUGAGACAACCGUGUGGCUCACCGACGGCUGCUUGAGCAUGCGUUGCAAACACUCGCUUCCCUUCAAUGGGGCCUUCGCACACGCUGUGUACAUGCCGGGCCUCUCCACUGCUGCUCGGAAGGUGAUCGCCUCCGUGGUAACCGUGGUAUGCCGUGGCCUCGCAGCAUCAUUGUGGGCAUGGCGGCAGCAUCCCGGAACCGACAUGCCUAGUUCAGCCGCGCCUGCCGUCCCCAAUGCCUCAGGCAAAGCGGAGGCCGAAGCUCAGACGUCUCCUGACCAGGCGGUGAGUUGGAGGACGGUGCGCUGCGUGCCGCGCCCGGUGGCGCCUUCGGAGGCACCCGCACGUGGGUUGGCUGGCAUGGCUCCAAUGGAGGUGAAGAGGCCACUCAGCCUUUGCGAGUCCUGCUGCCACUUGAAUGUUUCCCCUUGUGGCAAUUUCAUUGCUGCGUCAUUCUCCGAUGGAAGCGUGGACAUGCUUGAGUUCCCAACUCUCAGCCGAUUGCUGCAGAUUCAGUAUGGCGAGCCAAGUGGAGCUCGCAUCAACAACGAGAAGAUUCAGCAAGCGUUUUUCGUGUGGCGGCCAACAGCAACACAACGAGCCUACGAUCAGAACCUCUACGUCGUUAGCAGGCUUCGACAUCCCUGGGAGGCAGUCCUCCACGAAGUCUACCCACUGGGCGACUCUUAUGCCAAAGCGCCAAAGGCUGAAUUCGCCUUGGCUCCGGUUUGCCAGGCAGCCGGAGGAGUCUUCACCGACCUUUGUGCACAUCCAUCACAGCUGUACCUUGUUGCGGCAGCAGUGCUGCCUUCCAGCGAUGUAAGGUCGAUCGUGCUUGUGUUCGACUUGUGGAGUGGAGAGCUGCUGAAGUCAUGUCCUGUCUUCAAUUCCAUGUUAGUUGCUCCCAUGCUGCCGUUGCACCCGUCCAUCUGCUUAGAUUGUAGCGGCUCCUACAUUUUCUGCGCAUCCACGCCCGGUCCGCUGGGGCCAAUCGACUUGCAUGUCGGAUGUGCAGGCACCGGCAGUGUGACGCCUGGCUAUGCAUGCAGCGACUUGCUGCACUCCUGGCCUGCCUCAAAUUCUUCACCAGCGGCGUCAACUUCAGUGAUCUGCGUGGUUGACUUUAGCACCGGUGCGCAGUGCUACCAGGCGAGUAUCAAUGCCAACUGCAUCAGCUUGGGCUCUCCCUGGCAUGACCCUGGCCAGUUGCUCGUCGGCGCACGUGAUGGCACCAUCUCGGUGUGGCAACCUCCAGGGUCCGUCUCUUCACGGAUCAGAUCCGUGCUUCAGGAAAGCCUGGAGGCUCACGGCGCUGUAAGGGAUGCGACGAGACAACCAGAUUCAACUUUUUGGUCUUUGUCUUCGAAACUUUCCCAUGUGGAAGAAGCUGUGUCUUUCUACUGGGCCACCAAGCUGCAUGCGUCCAUGGAUUGGCUCACAUGGGGUGAUGGAACCCACAAAUCGCCACCUGAUCAAGCCCUGGACGCACGCAAGCUGGUCUUGCCAGAUUUUACCGAGAGAGACUCUAAGCCCUUGCCCUUGCUUCCAAUCCUCCCCCCCUGCUACAGCAUGGCCAAGUCCCCCAAGUCUCGGCACGAGGAUGACGUUGUCAUCAAAGGUCGGCAGCAGUGGGCAAUGGCACGGUCAGGCAGUGAGCCUGCACAACCCGAUGCCCAAAUCCAGGCACCGUUUCCACACUUUCCACCUUUCACAACCGACAUGCGACCGCACAUAUCCCAGGCGGUACAGCCACUAGCUUCACCCAGGUUCGGCCUAGGUCCGAAACAUGUGCGCACAGAAAUCGGCAGCUCAGAGCGGGCCUUGAACGAGCCCGAGAUCGAUCCAGUGUCAGGUCUGGAAAUGCACGAGAUACCUUUGAAUCAGCCUGGAUGGAAGCGGGUGACAGAGAGCCAACUUGAGCCGGAAGUGGCAGCACCAGAGUUUUCGGAAGAGUUCGGCACUCGAGCAGAGCAUUUCCAGGACCCUCUGCCAUCUCAAGAUGCACAGUCUGUACCCAGGUGGCUGGAAAGGGGAAGACAAGCCACGAGACCGCAGCAGAACGACCGGAUUCUGCGUUCUGUGGUUUCCGACCUGGACACCUUUGAGAUGGCCCACCCGGAAGUGCAGGUCUUGGAGUCUCCGCGGAGUGACGCAGGGGAACUUGUUGCAGUAGGAUGA